AUGUUUACUUUGCUGAGUUUCUUGCGGGGGUUGCUAGAGAAGAAGGAUAAAUUAAUAGUGCGAGCCUUUACCAGUAAUAUAUUAAGUUGGAUCAACAAUAUGGUUACGGAGUCUUCGGAGGAGGUUAUUCCUCUGUUACUAUCAUUGUGUAAGAAGCAGCAAACUAGUCACGACAAGGUGGAUAUCGUAUAUGGAUCAUCUGAGAGUAUUCAGGAGUUCGUGGAAGAUAGGAUUAAGAAGAUUCAAACGAAAAUAGAGAAUACUGGAUUAGCUCAACUUGAUGAGGCUGAGUUGGCUGCUGUUUGGGGAGCUGUCAAUUGUUGUCCCUAUUUCAAAGUGGAUUCAUCAUUACUGAUUCGCUUCAAGAAUACUCUCAGACAGCAUUUGGCAGCCUCAGAUGUCAGCGGUUCUAGUGCUCAGGAACUAAUGUGGCAGAGCUUACUGGGUUCUGCCCUGAGGUCAUGUCUCAAAAUCCGUUCUACUGGAAGCCUCAUCCACAGACACAGUGAUGUAGAGGAAGCUUUGACUCUUGCUAAAUGUUACAAGUCAUGUGUACAAGUGCUGUCUCCCGUGGCCGACUAUUUGGAUUUUGUGUAUAGACCUCUGUUAACCAACGUUGAUAACUCUUAGCCAUGUCCAGAACUCCAAGCAAACAAUGCUGAAGAUGCCUUUGACAUAUUUUCUGAAAAUUUACGUCACCCGAACAAAGACGUCCGUCUUAUGACUCUAAGGAUCUUGUGCCAUUUUGAACCUUUGUCUCCUGACCCUUGUGUUGAAGAACAUCCUCCUCCAAUGAAGAAGCUGAAAACUGAAGUGGUCCAGAAGUCUCCCUCUGAAAAGAAUGAUGUCACUACGAAUGUUCUUCAGAUACUGAAAACAGUUGGAGAGUCUCGUCCCACAUUACGGAGUAAGAAGGAUUUGGACGCAGUACGGCAUCUCCCUGAUGGAAGGAUACAUGAUGCAUAUCUGCCGCUUGUAUUCAAUGGAAUGAUAGGGUUGUUUAAUACAAAUAAUGGAUCUACUGAAAUUUGGGAAUCAGCAUCUAAGUGCCUUGCGGAUCUUAUGAUGAAGCACACAAGCGCGUUGUGGAAUGGUUUUGUUCAUUAUUUGGGCCAGUGCCAACUAAAAAUUGAAGCACUCCACAUUCAUAGCGGGAAUGGAAACUGCAACGUUUCAUAGAAGCAUACUGGUCUGAUGGAGAGUUUCAAUGCAUUCAUCUCCCCGUUUAAUGGUACGCCUACUGCAGAUGUAGUAUCUCUGUUGCUAAAGACCUUACAGAAAGUUCCCAGUGUUGCUCAGUCUCAUGCCUCUGAUGUUCUCCCUCUGCUAUUGGAAUUUAUGGGGUACAACAGCGAAAAUCCUUUGAGUGUCGGACUAUAUUACAGCGAAGCUUGUAAAGGAGAGGAGUGGAAGAGGUUGCUUAAACAGUGGUUGGCUUUGCUGAAGCUGAUGAUGAAUACAAGGUCGUCACGUUUUAGUCAAUUUGUAAAUGACGUUUUGCAGUACAGGUUCUUGGAUGAUAAUGAUGCUGAAAUACAAAUGAGUGUCCUAGAGUUUCUUGUGCUGUCGAAUGACUAUUUACUCCCACACCGCCAUCGGUUGGAGAAUCUGAUCAAGCCUAAAGGACUGAGAGAAGAGCUCACGACCUGGAACUUCUCCAAGGACAUUGAGGAAGCUCACAGAUCUCACUUUGUUUCUCUUGUAGUUAGAAUCCUUAUGCCAAAAGUUGGGAGUUUAAAGAAUUCAGCGUCGCGUGAGCGUACAAGUAUCUUUAACAGGAAGGCAGUUCUUGGCGUUAUAUCUCAGCUGGAUGUUAAUGAACUUUCCCUCUUCUUUGCAUUGUUGAUGAAGCCUUUGAACAUCAUAUCAGAUGAAGCAACGGACUUGUUUUGGAGCUCCGGCAAAAGCUCUCUGGAUUAUUUCCAAAAGUCCAAGUUCUCGAAAUAUAUCAACGUAGAUGCUCUUUCUACCUUGUCCUGGAAGAUGAAAUCUGGUUUUCUUCAUGUCAUCCAAGACAUACAUAAAAUCUUUGAUAUUGUAUUCCAUGUUCGACCAUUUCUUGACUUUCUCAUGGGAUGUGUUGUCCGGCUAUUAGUAAACAACGCUCCAAAUAUAGAUGAAGAAAACAUUGAUAAAGAGAUUGUCUCAACAAAUCACGACCAGGCUGGCACUUCUCUAAAGCAGUUUAAAGAGUUGAGAUCCUUAUGUCUGAAGAUUAUUGCUCGUGUUCUUAAAAAGUACGAGGAUUGUGAACUCGGCUCUGAAUUCUGGGACCUAUUCUUUUCAGCGGUGAAUCCGUUGAUCAAGAGUUUUAAGCAGGAGGGUUCCAGCAGUGAGAAACCAAGCUCAUUGUUCACAUGCUUCUUGUCAAUGAGCAAAAGCCCCAAUCUCGUCACCUUCUUAUGUCGGGAAGAGUCUCUUGUUCCAGACAUUUUCUCAAUUCCAACAGUCACCACAGCUUCAGAAGCUAUAAAAUCCUCUGCCUUGAGUUUCAUAAAGAGUCUGCUCAGCCUUGAGAAGGACAUGGAGGACGAUGACCAUAAGAACAAAGGAUUCUUAAAUCCAUACAUAGACGCAUUGAUUAACAACUUACAUUCUCUUUUUUGUGGAAAUAUUUUGAGAAGGAAAUCAUUCAAGUAUCAUGGAGAAAGAGAGAUCAAGAUUCUUAAACUAUUGUCGAAACAUAUCAGAGAUGAAUCUCAUGUAAUGAAGUAUUUGAACAUCUUGCUGUCUUUCUUGGACAAACGUGUGAAAUAUUCUGAUGUUCAUCGUGAGGCUUUGCUAGCCAUUCAAGACAUCACAUCGUUGCUUGGGGGUGAUAGUACUAACAAAAUUAUAGAUAGUCUCUCUCUGCUUGUUGACGCUGAACCUGAUGUCCGAUUAUGCAUUUGUAACCUUCUUGAGUCUCUUGCGAAAAUCGACUUUUCUCUAUAUCGAGUGGCCAAAUGCGUAAGCGAUAUGAAUGCAACCUCACCCAUGGAAGUUGAUGACCUUGACUAUGAAACGAUAAUGGAUGCUUAUGCCAACAUUGAUGUGGAUUUCUUUAAUGAAUCCUCGGAGCAGCACAUGAUGAUCAUUCUCUCACAGAGUCUAUACAACAUGACAUCAAAAGAAGUUAUGCUAAAGGAUUGUGCAUGUAACCUCUUGUGCACUUUUAUUGAAUUUUCAGCCUCUUUACUUUGCCAAGAGGCCUCAGCACAUUCCGACAGUGGCAAAGAGGUUUCAAAAUCCGUUGCAAGAUGGACAGGCGAUCGCGUGUUGUGGAUUAUGAAUAAGUUUAUUUUGAAACACAUUGGCGAUGCAGUAAACAACGGAAUCUCAAGUGGAAAGGGGGAGAUUCUUUUGAUACGCAAAAUGGUGAUGAGCCUUCCAGAUUCCGGGAAUCUUGCUGCCUUCAGACCUUUGUGUUCUGAGAACGAUGACCUUGAUUUCUUUAAAAACGUCUUUAACAUUCAGGCACACCGUAGAGCAAAGGCAAUCAACAGUUUUGCCAAGGAGAUCAAAGAUAGCAGUCUGCCUGAGGGAGUUGUGAGAAAACUCUUGGUCUCAAUCUUUUUCAACAUGUUGCUUGAUGGACAAGAAAGAAAAGGUCAAGAUAGUAAAGGUCGAGUUGAAAAGGGUCAAAAUAGUAAAGAUGAAAAUGUCCUUGAUGCAUGCGAAGAAGCCCUUGCAUCCCUGUCUGCUCAUAUGAGUUGGAACUUGUACUACGCUCUAUUGAAUCGGUGUUUCCAAGAGAUGAAGCGUCUGUGGAAUCUCGUCUGCUUGAUUUUGGACAAGUUUCAUUUUGCAAAAGGUGGUGAGGCUCACGAGGAGAUUAGGGGUUGCCUUGAGAAAACCUUGUAUCCAAAGAUAACAAAGCUGUUUGAUUCUGAAUCUGAUGGCGUUAAUUUCAACGCCUAUGUAGCUGCUGUGAAGGUUCUGAAGCUACUUCCCAAAGAGAUAAUGGACUCAAACAUAGAUUCUUUAGUCAAUAAACUUUCCAAUUUUUUGAGGGACCCGAUGGAGAGCACACGUGAGGGAGCCAGAAAAGCUCUGGCUGCUUGUUUGAAGGAGCUUGGCCUGGAGAAUUACUUGCAACUUGUCGUUAAGAAGCUAGUUUCUCUAUUAACAAAAGGAUCUGAGGUGCAUGUGCUGGGGUACACUGUCCAUCACAUCUUAUCGAAGUGCCUGCCUAGUCCUACGGGGUGGAAGUUGGAUCAUUGUUUGGAAGAUCUUGAUGUGGUGGAAGCAGAUAUCCUUGGAGAUGUUGAUGAACAGAAAGAGGAUAAGAAAGAUUCAAUUAGGAGGAGGAAGAAGAAGAAAGAAACGAUAAAACACAAGUCACUUGAUCCUCUGAGAUUGAUUGCUGAAAAUGUAACGUGCAGAAGCCAUGCAUUGACGCUACUUUCUCCUGUCACUAAACAGCUGCAAGGGCCUAUGACUUCGAAGCUAAAAUCAACGCUUACGGAUAUGUUAAAGCAUAUUGCAAUUGGUCUUGAAGGCAACCCAUCUGUUGAUCAAGGAGAUCUUUUCUGUUUUAUAUAUCACCGUGUUGACGACAACAAGAGUGGUCUUAGAGGUCAAAAAUCUUCUCAGCCAUCCAAAAAGAAAAGGAAAUCGAGACGUAUACAAGACACUUCUGGUGCCAAGUCAUGUCCUUAUCUCAUCACGGUGUUUGCUUUGGACUUAUUGCAUAACAGACUGAACAGAAUCCAACCCAACAAUACUAACGAAGAGCUGGUGUCGAAGCUGGAUCCGUUUGUCAAACUACUUGUUGGUUGUUUGAGCUCUGUGUAUGAAGAAGAUGUUGUGUCUUCAUCUAAUAAAUGUUUCACUGCAUUGUUAAGGCUUCAACUGCCUUCCUUCAAGUCUGAAGCACGUGAAGUGAAAACCAAAGUGUUAGCCAUUGCUCAGUCUGCUGUGAGUUCCAGUAGUACUCUAGUGCAGUCAUGCCUUAAGCUGUUAACAGCUCUUGUCAGCAAUGAUAACUUCAAGUUAUCAUCUGAGGAGUUGAAAAUGUUGAUUCAGUUCCGUAUGUGUUCUGAUCUGGAAUCGGAUUCCUCUGUUGCUUCUCUUUCACUUCUCAAGGCCAUUGUGAGAAAGAAGCUCAAAGUUUCGAAGAUAUAUGAUGUUGUCGACCAGGUUUCAAGGUUGAUGAUAACACAUCAGGAUAAAUCAAUCCGCAACAAAUGUGGAGAUAUACUAGUAGAGUUUUUGGUCAAUUAUGCAUCUUCCGAGAAACGCCUAGAAGGACAUUUUAACUUUCUGCAGAAAAACCUGAGCUGUGAACAUUCAACUGGAAGAGAAGCAGUUCUUGACGUUCUUCAAAAGCUUAUCCAUAAAUUCCCAGAUCCUAAUCCUGGCAAGCAGUCGAAACCUUCUGUAGGCCACCAGUCAGUUGUUGGCCAGCAGUCUCAAAACUUGUUUAUUGAGCUUGCUCUUCAUUUGGAAAGAGAGAAUGAUCAAAAGUUGCUGGCCAAGAUUUGUGAUGUGAUGAAGCUUCUCAUAGGCUGCAUGACUAAUUAUAAGUCCAGUCUUAAGCUCUCUCUGGGUUGGUAUAAGCUGGAGAACUCACGGGUUAGAGGAGCAAAGGUAUUGGGGUUAUUCAUUGAAGCCGAGAAAAAGUUUCCAGAGAAAAAAUGCAGUAUACUGUUGAAAGAAGCUAAAACGAUUUUGGAGUCAGCUGUAAAGUUGCAAAACACUGUUGAUGAAGGCAGUAUUCCCUUAUGGAAGGAAGCAUACUACUCUCUGGUUAUGAUAGAAAAGAUGCUCAAGCAGUUUCCUCAUUUAUGUUUUCACGAAGAUUCUCAAGAAGAUUUUAAGGUAAUGUUACAAUUGUUGUUGCACCGACAUGAGUGGUUGCAAACUACAACAUGCCGGCUCCUGAACUAUUAUUUCAAGAAACUAGCCAAGUCUACGGGUCUUAGUAAGCCAAGUAGCCUUUUCAUGGUAGCUGCUUCUCUUUGCUUCCAGUUAAAGCUAAAGGUGGACCGCAACAGAGUCGUCAACAAAAACAAUGAUACCACUGAAGAAGAUUAUCUCAGAGAGAAUAUUGUUUUUGCUGUCACUGGACUUCAUUCAAUGAUCGGACAAACAGAUGAUGAGUACUCGUCAAGUCUCGACAGUGAUGAGCAAGGGAAGUUCAUGGAAGCCUUUCUAGUAUUUGAUUCAGGGAAAGUAAGGUCUACUUUUCUGUGCUCUACUACUACUUCAGGCGACCUGAAAGGCCUAGAUGAUGUAAGAAGUGUAUUGGUCGAGCUUGCGUUUGAUGUGGACUCUCAUCAGAUGAGAAUAGUGUUCAACGUCUAUAAAGAGUGUGCCUCAAACUUGAAUCAGGAAGAGUGUCGCCUAUACGCCUUCAGGAUUCUGCUUCCUUUAUACAAAGUUUGCCAAGGGUUUACAGGGAAAGCCAUCACAGACGAGUUGGAACAGCUAGCUGAAGAGGUGAGAGACAGUAUAAGAGACAGGAGCUGAGGCGUUCAGAUGCUUGUGAAAGUUUACAGCGAAAUCAAAAAGAGUUUGGAAGUGAAAAGGCAGAAGAGGAGGCGAGAAGAGAAGGAAAUGGCGGUGGUGAACCCUGAGAGAAACGCAAAGAGGAAACUGAAGGUAGCUUCGAAGAACAAGGCUAACAAGAAGAGGAGGAUUAUGAGGAGUAAAAUGGAUAGAUGGUCACGUUCUUGA